CAGAAUGAAAGUGCUGGUGAAAGGCAAGGCCCAAGUGCUGUGCGUCACGUCUAAUCUAAAUUUUGAAGCCAACAGAGGAAAAGUCAAGCGCGGCGCGAAUCGCGAUCCUUCCUUCGCAAUUUCUACCGGCCGCCACGCCACUCAGAGGAAAACUCCUUUAUUUCUAACUCCUAACUCCUAACUCCUAACUCCCAAGUCCUAAGGCUACCAUUUCCUUCCACAAUGCUUCGUCACCUCUUGCUGAUAUUAUUCUUGUUGGGCUUGGGGCCCCGGGUGAAGUCGCACGAGGAGUCGGGCCACUGGAGCUGCGACUCCGGGUCGGAGAUCCGAGUCGAAGCUGAGUUCAAACCCGGCGUUAUUACACUUGAUGGCCACGCCGACGAUUGGAAGGACAUUGAUGGCUCCUACUUUUCCCUCCUCCCCGCCCUCGACCCCGACGCUGAAAAUGAAUUCAAAGGCGGAAAGAUGACCGUUAAGAGUGUGCACGAUGGCCGCGAUAUCUUCUUUCUGCUUCAAGUUGACGGUGAUUAUGCCUACACUAAAGGUGAUAGCAGUAAAUGUCCAUCUGUUGCUCUCAUGUUUCAAAUUGGGGAUGGUGCCUCUUAUCAUAAUAUGGGUGGCUGUGAGGAGCAUUCAACAUCGUGCACAAAUAAGACAUGCAAAGGUCAUGAAGUUGACAUCAUGCACUUUUCAAUUGGAAGUGCAAUUCCCGGACGGCUUUAUGGUGGCAAUCCCCUAGAUAAUAGGGAUGGAAAUGGUGGCGACAGGUUUGGUCACUUGGUUGAUCUAUAUGCAUGGAAUCCACAUUGUAGAUACUUGGAUGGAACUGGUCCUUCAGGUUCUGCUAAUGAUUCUAGUGCGCAGAAUGACUGGAAGGGUGCUUGGUGGCACAGCAGCUUCACAGUUCACUCAGGUUUCGUAGAGGAUGAAAGUCCAUAUUCAGAAAAUGGAAAAAAGGGCACGUACUUUUUUGAAUUCUCUAGGCCUUUGAGGACUAUGGAUCAUCUUCAACAGGACGUGCAAUUUACCAUUGGUGGAUCCAGUAAGAUGUCUGUUGCAUUAUGGUAUCCAGUAGAUGGUCAGCCAUGGCAUGGUUCUGGGCACUAUUCUGUUAACUGUGACUGGGUUCCCAUUGACAUAUCUGUUGGCAGUUCUUUGACUGGCAAGGCAUUAAAUGCAGCAGCAUCAAGUAGCUCGUGGAAUGUUGCAAGUGCCUUUUCUGUUGUACUAUCAGUAGCAGCACUUUGUGUUUCUGUGUUUGUGAGCUAUCGGGUGUUCAACCCCAAGAGUGUCCACUUUACACCCAUGGAGAACCUUUAAAUAUUGAACCAACAGCUUAAGUUUGGGAUUGUACUAUUCAUUACGCUUGUACUAGAUAGGUUUGUACUGUUUAGUGGUUUCUCUUUGCUCUAAUUUUUUUAUUGUAAUUGAAGCAUUACUUUAGUUAUUUUAAGCGGUGUCAGAAAAGAAAUAAUUCAUUAUCAGCAUUAUGGAAUUCCAUCCUCUUCGGCUUA